GUGGCCAAACAGACAGGCUAAAGGGUUUACGAACUUGCAUAAUAAGACUGUCUUAUCUUUAAAUAUCUGUGGUGUAAACACAAAUCUGUAAUAUGAAGAAAGAGUUCACAUUACUUUUGCGUCAUUAACUUUGCUAACUAUCUUCCUUCAAGCUAACUUUAUUUCUUUUCUUUUUUUUUUUUUUUAGCAUACGUCACAGCCCUUUUCAAAGAGCACACACUUUUUCCGGUUCCUCCCCUCUCUGCGUUCCCUUGCUUGUGAUUGGUUUAGAGGAACAGGCAUCAGACCGGCUCCACCCACUCGCUCCACGACUCCACUCGAGCUGCUUGGAGACGAGGAGCGUUAGUCAGAAGUGGAUAUCGUGUUCGUCUCUCACCUGAAUAAGAUGCUUUAGCUUUCGCGACACCUUUAGCGGACUGUUGGGGUGGCCUUUGAAGGGCAGAGGAAUGCUCCAGGUGUGACUCCUCCAGUUUGCACGUUUUCUACAGACGCAGGGCAUUUGUCAAGAGAGCAGCCGAGCUUCAGGAGGAUGACGACGCCGUCUCCCACACACAGCGACAGCAGCGACUCCUCUAAACAUGAGAGCAACCGGGAUAGCUGGGAGAUUGUGGAGGGUCUCAGGGGGGUUCCUGCCAGCAUGCAGGAGCCUGACAGGCAGGAAGGCUUCCUGCUCAAGAGGAGGAAGUGGCCAAUGAAGGGAUGGCAUAAGCGAUACUUUGUGUUGGUGAAGGGCAUCAUGACAUACGGGAAGCGAGGGACGGAUAUUCAGAAAGGGAAGAUUCACGGCUGCAUAGACGUCGGCCUCUCUGUUAUGUCUAUCAAAAAGAAAGCCAUGUGCAUUGACCUGGACACCGAGGACAACAUCUAUCACCUCAAGGUGAAGUCUUCAGAGCUGUUUGAGGAGUGGGUGUCAAAGCUGCGUCACCACCGUUUGUUUCGACAGAACGAAAUAUCGGUGUAUCCUCACGAGAGGCACCUCUUCCACCCCCACGCCUCAUCUUCUCCAACCUUUAAUGACUCGUACAGACGGUCCACCCUGACCAAGCAGGCGUCGGUCCACCAGGCUAAAGUCAGCUCCUGGCUUCACUCCUCAGAAGACAUGAACAAGUGCUCCAAGGAGCUCGAGGAAUGCGAGUCUUAUCUGUUGGAACUCAACCUGCUGCUAAAGAGCAUGGAGGUCAUGCAUCGCACAUACUCUGCUCCAGCCAUCACAUCACUACAAGCGUCUGCCUAUGACAACCCUAAGAAGGAGAAGAGGCCAAGGAGAUGGAGAUCCAAGAACAACGGCAAAGAAGCCAAAGCCACACUACAAGUCCCCAGUUGUAUCUCUUCCCAAUCUCCUCGUCUUCAUGCCUCCAAUCCCAACCUCUCCACCACCUCCUCCCAGGAGGUCUGUCCCGAGUCCCCAGACUCGCCGACAGACGUGUCGCGUCUGCAGGAAGAUUUCUGCCGGCUGGCUAACAACAUUCACGCUACCUUGAAAUCGGCGCACAGUUCUUUGACAGCAGAGAGAGACCGACUGAAGCUCACCAUCGACCUGCAGGGCCCCCAGCCGGCACAAGUUGUGGGUCUAAAGACUGGCUUUCCUUCAGAAUCUACAGGAACCCCCCAGUCCCUGGUCCACCAGAUCUCCAACGAGAGCAAAACAUCCAUUCCAGACUCCAUAUCCGAGUUCUUUGACGCCCAGGAGUACCUGCUCUCCUCGUCUUCAUCUGAAAAUGAGGUGUCUGAUGAUGACUCCUACAUCAGUGACGUCAGUGACAGCGUCUCCAUGGAUACGUACGAUGGGAGGAGCGAGAGACACAACUCCGUCAGCAGCGUGGUGACCGUCGCUCGCAGGCGUUCCACGCUGCCGUCCACCUGCCCCUCCAGCAGCGUGAGCCUCUGGAACAUCCUGAGGAACAACAUCGGCAAAGACCUGUCCAAGGUCGCCAUGCCCGUGCAGCUCAACGAGCCGCUCAACACCCUGCAGAGGCUGUGUGAGGAGCUGGAGUACAGCGACCUGCUGGACACCGCAAACCAGACCCCUGACCCCUACCAGCGCAUGGUGUUUGUUGCCACGUUUGCGAUAUCUGCCUAUGCUUCCACAUACUUCCGCGCGGGAAGCAAACCGUUUAACCCGGUCCUGGGAGAGACGUUCGAGUGCGACCGGCCUGAGAAGGGCUUCCGGUUUAUAGCCGAGCAGGUGAGUCACCACCCGCCUGUGUCAGCAUGUCAUGCAGAUUCAAGGAACUUCAAGUUUUGGCAAGAUGUACGGUGGAAAAAUAAAUUCUGGGGGAAAUCCAUGGAAAUAGUCCCGAUUGGAACCACACAUGUGACUCUACCUGCCUUUGGGGACCACUAUGAAUGGAACAAAGUAACAUCCUGCAUCCACAACAUUCUCAGCGGCCAGCGGUGGAUUGAACACUAUGGAGAGAUGUCCAUCAAGAACGUCAGCAGUGACGUGUGCCAGUGUAAAAUCACUUUCAUCAAGGCGAGAUCGUGGAGCUCCACGGUGAAUGAAAUACAGGGCGUGGUGACGAAUGCACAAGGGAAGACCGUGCACUCCCUUUUUGGAAAGUGGCACGAAUCGGUAUUUCAAGGAGACCCUCCUUCUGCCACGUGCAUCUGGAGAGCAAAUCCCAUGCCCAAGGACCAGGAGCAGUACUACGGCUUCACCCAGUUUGCAGUGGAGUUAAAUGAGCUGGACUCCAACCUCAGACCACUGCUCCCCCCGACCGACACUCGCUUUAGGCCAGACCAGAGGAUGCUGGAAGAAGGGAACCUAGACGCCGCCGAGGAGCAGAAGCAGAGGAUAGAGCAGCUGCAGAGGGAGAGGAGGAAAGUGCUGCAGGACAACAACAUGACACACCAGCCGCGCUUCUUCAAGAAAUCCAAGGAUGACACCUGGAUUAGUAACAACACAUACUGGGAGCUGCGCAAAGACUUUGGCUUCAGCAGAAUGGACUUCUCCGUGUUAUGGUGACCUCUGGAUUCACUCCACUCCAAGAAUCACCAUGAGGGAAACCACAAAAACAGAAGUGAAACCAGCGUCCAAACGUCUUGACCUGGUUCUGCUGUCAUCGUAACCCCGGUCCACAUGGACCUGCUGCUUUUUCUGUAAAUCUUGCUCUGUUGGUUUUAUUAUUGUAGAUUUUAAGGCUGGAUCUUUUACAAUAUCUGUCAACUAAAAACAAGACCAUGUUUUGUUACAUCUCUUUUACCAAAGUGCCUUUUACUGUAAUGCUGCAUCGAACCAGCUAUUAUGCAAACUGACUUUAACUCCGAGACCAAGUGAUGAUGAAGAUGGAGCCGCGCUCCUCUGGACGGGAGAAGCUGGAUCCAAACACGCCUCAAGCCGAUCAUGUGUUCUGGUUUCAAAACAACGUUAUGCCUUUUUAUCAUGCUGCCUUUGCUUUAGCGGUCAUGGCUUUAUGAGGCCGCGGAGACACUUUUCCACUGAGGAACUCUGCAUUAAAGCUUCUUGUGGAGUGGAAGAACGA